UUUUUAACUGUUUCCACAUUCAAUAAAUUGUGUUACUAGUACUUUGAAUUCCUGUCUUAUUUUCAAUAUUAUUAGAUUUCUAUAGCUCAGGCCUCAAAUCCCAGAAGAGUUGAGUUUUCUCAGCAACUUUCUACCCCUCUGCACUUGCUUUAGAUUUAGAGGAUCACCAGAUGGAUGACACAAUAAGAGAGCUACAGACUGGAUCUUCAUGUGCAGCUUGCAGGAUCAGAAAAAGAAAAUGUGCAGAGAAAUGUCCGCUUGCUCCCUACUUCCCACCAAACAAUCCUGAUAGCUUUUUAACAACAAUGAAAGUAUUCACAGCAAGCAAGAUUGCCAAGACCAUUAAGGAUACUCGACCAGAGCAACGAUCAGAUGCUGUGAAUAGCAUGAUAUAUGAAGCAAGUGUUCGAAAACAUGAUCCUGUCAAUGGAUGUGCUGGUCUGAUAAGUGAUUUGGAGAUGCAUUGUUUGGAGCUGACAUACCAAUUGGCAGAAGCAAAAGAAGAGUUGAAUGCCUUGCAAAUGGCCUUUCAACACUCUUCCAUUACUCCUCCUCCUCCUAAAGUAGAAGUAACAGGAACUAUAAUGGAUUUGAUAUGCAGGACACCAGAAGAGUUUGAUAUCCAAAUGGAUGACAUAAUAAUGGGGGAAGAUAUUGCAUAUCAGUCCCCAAACUGGGAGGAACUACCUCCUUUUGAUCUUGAAGAAAUUCAGUAAAUGACAUCUCUGAGCAGUGAUAUUUGUCUUUGGAUUUUAAUAUGUUUGUAAUUUGGAUUGGAAAUCGUUUGGUUUUCAGAUUUCUUUCUUCCAUGACUCCAAAUUAGUGUAAACAUCUAACAUCUUUCAAUGAAACACAUGGCUGUAGAAGUAAAGAGAGGGAAGUAGUUUCAUGUCUUAUAAAAUAAUUAUUUUGAUAGGCAUAAUUUUACAAUGACAUCAUUAUUUUUAUCAAGACCAUAAGACUGUUGUUUUUUGAAA